CAGCGUACACGGGCAGCUCAGUGUUGCAGAUCAGAGCCGACGGUGCGGUUCGUCCGUCUCUUCGGUCCUCUGCCUGUCUACUAUUUUUUUUUUUUGUGUGUGUGUUCACGUGCGUGAGCUAUCACAAGAUACACUCCUCGUGUUUGAAUAGCGAUUGUGAAUUGUGAGCUUCCGGAUCUCUCGUCAAAACUUGAAUUUUUAGAACCACCUGUCGCUGAAUGCAACUAGGAAAAAAGAACAACCACCACCGCACGUUGAAGAAGCCAAACAAACUAGUCAGUUUUGUUAGAUCAAGGUGCUGGAAAAAAUUCCUGAGAUGAAUCCCGGCUUCUUCAUCACCUUGCUGUUUGUGCUGAGUGGAUCGUUGCUGAUUGACUGCAGGCACGUCACGUUGGCAAGGUCUUCAACCAGUCUCGUUAACGAUAAUAAACAGCAAACUGGCCAGCAGGCGGCCAAAGAUCGUUACGAUAAUGAGGCACAAGAAGGUUUCGACAGCUCGGAGCUCUUUGACGGCCUAACGUUGGCCUCUUACGGGGAUCGAAAUUACGAACCGGUCCCGAAAUUGGAAAAUCGCCAAUUUCCACGGGUGUUCAACGAUUUUGGACCGUACAUGGGAAAGUUCAUCUACAGGUUGAUCGUUCGGCGGGCACUAAUUAAGCCGAUGGUGAAAGGAAUGAAAAAACUCGUUCCAGGCAGCAUGUACCACUACUACAAUAACAUUAUGCUGAGCAAUCGAAUUUUUCAAAUGAUGGAACCACUUUCACCCGCCAUCUCGUCCUACACGUACAGCAAAUUUGAGCAGGGCGUGUUCUGGAGCUUAAGACGUGCUGGAACGUUUGUCAUGGACAAUUUUAUCGAAUUCGAAAGAUAAUCAAAACAAUAGUAAUGACUACAAACAUUGAGGGCCGGUUUGUUCUUUUGUUUUUUUUCUUUUUUUGUUGUCAAAAAUGUGGAAUUCAUGUCCAGGUUUGCGUGUGGGUUUUCAUUGUUCAAAUUCUUGUCAUUUUAUCACGACGUCUUUGCCUAGAUGAUAGAGCCGUUUUCCACAAAGAACACGGCCGCAUAGGCUCAAAAUCGACUAUAGAUUUGACGAAUAUUUUUCUUAAAAAAAAACUGAGAAGCCAUAUGUAGUCCUCACAUGUUGAUAGUCGAAAUCAAAUUAUCCUUUUUUUUUACGUAACGGGUUUGUCUAAUCGACGACAUCUAACUAUGACUACGUGCUCAAUCCUGGUGCCCCCAAGCUUCAAUUUGAAUUGUGCGCGUACAUUGUCGACAGUGAUGGAACUAAACUAUUUUUGAACUAUGAUGAAUUUUUUUGAAAAAGAAAUUGUGUUAGUUUAGCCCGAGAUAAUUUUAAGUGAUUUAUUUAUUUUUAUUUUUUUAACGUAGUGAGAUUUCUGUAUUGGUGCAAUAAUGACGAGCUUUUUGAUGUUGGAUAAGUUUUGUUCCAUUAUUUUUUGUAAUACGGAUGACGGAAUCUGGAUGGUUCAAUUCCUACUAGUUAAACAGAAUUUGCAUUUCAAACUGGCGCCCCAUUUUAG